UAGAGGAGAGGAGGGGAGAGGAGGGGAGAGGAGAGGAAGGGGAGAGUUGGUAAUCCCUCUGAUGACGUAUCGGCAUUGACGCUCUGUUUCCCGGCCAUCCUCCCAGAUGAGCGCCGCUGCAGAUAUUCCUCCUCUCCGGAACCAGAUGGACCCUCGCUCGGCUUUGCUGCUGUUGCUGCUUCUGGACGUCGCCUGCUUCCACUCGGCGGCAGCUUCACGGAGCGGAGUCAGCGGACCUAAAGUCACAGAGAAGGUGUUUUUUGACAUCACGGUGGCGGGUCAUGAAGUGGGUCGCAUCGUCAUAGGCCUCUUCGGAGAGGUGGUCCCGCUCACUGUCAAUAACUUUGUUGCACUGGCAACUGGAGAGAAAGGCUACGGCUACAAAGGCACAAAGUUCCACCGGGUCAUCAAAGACUUUAUGAUCCAAGGAGGAGACUUCACUGCUGGAGAUGGAACUGGAGGUCACAGCAUCUAUGGGGUGACGUUUCCUGACGAAAACUUCAAACUGAAGCACAGCUCAGCGGGAUGGGUUAGCAUGGCUAACGCUGGCGCAGACACCAACGGCUCGCAGUUUUUCAUCCUGGCCACCAAAGCGCCGUGGCUUGACGGGAAACACGUGGUCUUUGGAAAAGUCCUUGAUGGCAUGUCUGUGGUGCACACCAUUGAGCUUCAAGACACCAACGACAGAAACCUGCCAUACGCCGAGUGUGUCGUGGUCAACAGUGGACGCAUUGCUGUCAAAGAACCCUUUCGUGUCGAUGUGGACGGAUGGUAGACCAUCAAAAUAUCCAGUGUUCGUAAGAAGAAUCUGUAAAAAAAAUUUCACUAGUUAGUGAGCUAGCAGCAACAUGGUAGCAACUGGUUUCAUCUUCUAGAUCAUCUAAGUUUCAUUUAAACUUCCUAAAUGUAUUUUUUGUCAUGUUUAACAACAUAGCUCAAGAAAAAUGGGGAAUUAUCUUAAAAAGUGUUGAUUUUUAAACUAGGGCUGUCACUAUCAAAUCUUUUUAGAAUCGAUUCUCCUAUUGAUAAUUGAUCCACCUCCACUGUUACUUAAAAAAUAUAUUUAUUAUAGAUAUUAUAUAUACAUAUAUAUUUUUUUUACCACUAACAUGCAUUUAUUUUAUUUUCAUUUGUGAGGGAUGGACUUCAAUACUUAAACUGCAUAUGUUGGUACUGAGUGUAUGGUUUAAAUUUGGUGUACAGAAUUUGAGACAGCAAAAUGCUAAAGGCUAAACGCAGCAAUCACGAUUAGCAUUAGUGCGUUAGUGAUUACCAUUUUAGGUAAAAAAAACACUAACUUUGAGCUCACUUAUACUUACUACAUACUACAUUCUCAUGUUAUAGGUACAUUUUACAUCUAAAGACGCGCUUUUGUCGUUUAUGGCAAAGUUUAUCAUCGGCCCAACAUUGCGUCCGUCUGCAAUAAAUGUCCGUGUGAAACAUGGGUCCUGGCGACGCAAACAUGAUUACAUCGACUUAGCCGAUUUCUUAGAUUUAUUUUUUCCCCAGCUCUAUUUUAAACUAAAAAUUAAUACAUUUAUUAGCAUGCAGUCGGCAAAAUACAAGCAGCAAUUGUAUUCUUUUAAAUCAUUCAAUUGACAAUUGAAAAUUUUUUACAACAAAAAAAUGGUUCGCAAAAAUGUUUUGACGAUAGAAAUUAACUUAAACAGUGCCAAACUUACACAAUAUUCAUUUGAUAUCGAGCUAGUAUGCUAACAGCAGUUUUUUUUGUUAUCUAAAUCAUUUAGUUGACUUUUGUAAAGUUUAAAGUAUUUCAGUAAAUUUUUUUAAAAUUGGAAAUUAUCUUUAAAAAAUGCCAAAUUUAAACAUUCUUCAUUUGGCAGCGAUCUAGCAGCAAUAUGCUUGCAACAGCUUUGAUCUUUGAAAUUAUCUCGUUCAGAAUUUAAAGUCCUAAAGGUGGUAUUUUAAUGUUUUUACAACAACAAAAUGUUCAAGAAAAUGUUUUAAAAUGGGAAAUAAUCUUAAAAAUUGCCAAAUUUAUGCAUUCAUAAUUUGUUAGUGAGCGAGCACCCUAGCAACAGUUUUUGUCAUCUAAAUCAUUCAGUUGUUUUUUUUCAAACACACUAGUUCAGUAAAAUGUUUUUAAAAUUGAAAAUUAUCUUUAAAAGUGCAUUAUUUAAACAUUCCUUAUUUGUUAGCGAGCUAGCAGCAACAUGCUCGCAGCACCUUCUAAAUCCUCUUGUUGAGAUUUUUAAUCUCUAAAAUGUUUUAUUUUUUAAAAAAGAAAGAAGAAAGAAAAAUGGUCUCGUAAAAUGUUUUCAAAUAAAUGACCGUUAAAAAAUUGCCAAAUUGACCCGUUCCUCAUUUGUUAUGCUAACAAAUGUUGAGUCUUCUAAAUAAUCUAGACAUUUAAACCUCUUGAAUUUAGUUUUUUUUAAUGAUUUACAACACAAAAGAUUCAAACAUAAUGUUUUAAAAUAGGUAAUUACCUUUUAGAAAAGGGUCAAAUUUAAACGUUAGCGGGCUAUGAUGCAAGCAGAAGCUGCUAGCAAUAGUUUAAGUUAUUUAAAUUAUCUAUUUUAACCUCAUAAUUUUGUUUAACACAAAAAGUGCUCAAAACUAAUAAUUUAAAUGUAUGAAUGUGUUACAUCAUCAAAAGUAAACAUAUAUUAUAUGCAUUUCGUUAUUUUAAAAUAUCGAGGCACAAAAUUGAUUAAGAUUCAAGUUGAAGGUAAUUUGUUUUUUAAUAAUGUCAUAAAAAUGCUUCGUAGGUGCUAUGAUGAAGAUUACUGACAGCUGCAUGUGCUGUCUUCGCUAUGCAUUCAUUCCUUCAUUCAUUUUCCGGACCGCUUAUCCUCACUAGGGCGUGCUGGAGCCUAUCCCAGCUAUCUUUGGGCGAGAGGCGGGGUCCACCCUCAACUGGUCACCAGCCAAUCGCAGGGCACAUAUAAACAAACAAACCAUUCAUACUCACAUUCACACCUACGGGCAAUUUAGAGCCUCCUGCCCGAUGAUAGCUGGGAUAGGCUCCAGCACGCCCGGGACCGUAGUGAGGAGAAGCGGCUCAGAAAAAGGAUGGAUGGAAUUAACCUACCACGCAUGUUUUUGGGAUGUGGGAGGAAACUGGAGUAUCCCGAGAAAACCCACGCAGACACGGGGAGAACAUGCAAACUCCACAAGGCCGAUGCCGAAUUUGAACCCGGGUCCUCAGAACUGUGAGGUAGAUGUGCUAACCAGUCGGCCACCGUGUAUUUUAUAUGUAUAUAUUACAUUUUAAAAAUGAAAUGAAACUAUAUGCAAACUGUAGCAACACAAAUGUAAAUUUUUAAGAGAAAAAUCAAUAUCACAUUGAAUAUGUUUACAUGAAAGGAUGCUAACUAGCAUGUUAGUGCCACCACUUCACUGUGCUCCUUUUCUAGCCACUAUCAUACUGUGAAUAUAUCAAUGAUGUCAUCAACAUAUCACAUUGCGUUCCAACCGCAGCGCAUGCUAUUUUUACCAAUGUUUUUAAUCAUCAAUAUCAUUAUUAUUGUUUACAAUAAAUGUCAAUG